AGUUCAGAGAUCUGAGUCGUGUUUUCCGAGCUGUUGUCGGUAACGGUCGGAGAGAUAAAUGCUCGAAAAUCUCCCCAAAAUGGACUCUCUGAAGGAACAAGUUAUGAUAAACCAGUUCGUACUUGCGGCUGGAUGUGCGGCGGACACUGCCAAGCAGUUACUUCAGAAGGCACACUGGCAAUUCGAGACGGCGCUUAGUAUUUUCUUCCAGGAGGCACCUAUACCAAAUGGUCAUCCACAUUGCUACAGACAAGGCGGACAUUCGGUGCACGCGCCAGCCAAUACCCCAGCAACUCCUCCAAAUUUUCCGGAUUUAAUGAUGGACCUUUCAAAGUUGGCCACAACGGAUAAAUACCAUGCGGGGUCCCCAACUUGUAUGACCAUGACGUCAUCACCGGCCCCCAUGCAGUCGGUCAAUAUGGCCCAGUACGGACAUAGUAACAAUAACCAGAAACAAAUGGAGGUAGAACCGCAGAGGUGAGAUUGGCCCCCCAAAAACACUGUAAAGAUGUCGCAGGGGGUAAAAACAACAACAACAACAACACGACCCGAGUGAUUGGCCUCUCCGAUAUGGGGGAAAAUGGAACACGGCAUGCGAAGGUGAAUCUGAAGGGAUUUGUUCAUCUUCCUAUGUGUUUUGGAAUUGUGCAGCUGCAGUUGUUUUGCCAAGAAUGAGGAGCAACAAUGUGACCCAGAAAGGAGUGUACAAAAACGAGACCUCAGAAAAGUUUGAAGACAGUAUUUUUUUCGCUCUUUGUUGAUUUUUCUGGUGUCUUUUUUUCUCAGGACGAAGAAAGAAGUAAUUUUUUUUAAUUGUACCGUUCGUUAAUAGUCCCCCUACCCCCUGUUUUUGUAUAUGAAUUGCACUUUAGAGCUAUUGCCUAUUUAUACAUUUUAAAAUACAGCAUUGGCAUGCAGUGCAUCCAUGUAGCGAAGAAAAAUAGUGCAUUUUUCAGUAUGAAUUUAAAUUAUGUUACACUAUAAAAAGUAAACCAAUUUCAACCAAUGAGGAGGUUGAACUUAUGUAAAAUUUGUUCCUUAAACGCUUAACUGUGUUCGAACUAUUAUAAUUUUGUAAAAAUUUGUGUUAACAAUUUUGUACCAGUACAAUAUCUUUGUGUUCAUACUUGCGAUGUAAACUAGACAGUAAAGCUUUUGACAAAAACCAUGUUGAAUAUAAUGUCAUGAGAAUAAAUUAGCAGAAUUAAAAUUACUAAUUAAGUCAACUGACAAUUUUGUCAAGCCUUUUGAUUUUUAACAAAGAUAUUUUCCUGUAAUCAUCAUUUUUCUUGGAUGGGGUAAACAUGGAAAGUAAUGGCGCAAUUAUUUCAUAACCAGCAAUGUCAGAACAUUGUCUUAAAGUCUCUGAAAACUUCCUGUACUUUCUUAAACAUCUAAAGAACUCAAUUCUCACACAUUUUUAAGUGUGCUUGAGCAUUUUGCCUAAAAAAAAAACUAGUUUCACUAUCAACGUAGAAAUGUGUUCACUAUAACCGAGUACACUGUAUUUUAAAGGCCUAUUUUGAUCAAGUGGGGUAGUCAUACAAUAAUUAUUUGGGAGUUUAUUCAAUACACUCCUACCAUUUUGUGCAUGUAAUGGUUUACCUUUUCUUCAUUGGAAAACCAAACCUUGAAUUUCGUGUUAGGAGCAUUGCUCAAGUGUACUGGCUGCUAUCUUGGUAGGUGCCUUGAGUUGUGUAUCCAUGACAAAAAAAUGAAAAUUCAGGCAUGUUACUGUUGGUGUUGUGGGUUGGAACAAAGAUUUCCAAAUACAAUUUUUGUUUUGGGGAAGAAAGUCAGUUUCGUCAACAGAGCAAGACAUGUAUUGCUAGAUUUAGCUUUCUUAAUCUUUCAGUCCAAUUUCUUAGUUGGCAUGAAAUAUAUCUAUUAAAAAUCAAAUAGCACCUGA